GCUAUAAUGUCUGGCCGAGGCAAAGGCGGGAAGGGGCUUGGUAAAGGCGGCGCAAAGCGGCACCGCAAAGUACUGCGCGACAACAUCCAAGGCAUCACCAAGCCCGCUAUUCGCCGCUUGGCUCGUCGCGGUGGCGUGAAGCGCAUCUCCGGCCUCAUCUACGAGGAGACCCGCGGGGUGCUGAAGGUGUUUCUGGAGAACGUGAUCCGGGACGCCGUCACCUACACCGAGCACGCCAAGCGCAAGACCGUCACCGCCAUGGAUGUGGUCUAUGCCCUCAAACGCCAGGGACGCACUCUUUAUGGCUUCGGCGGUUAAAUCAAAAGCCGUAUCAACCUCAUUUAAAAAGGCCCUUUUCAGGGCCACCCACAAGAUCUUGAGAAGAGUUGUAGACGCUGAUUCCA